UGUUUUGUCAACUGUCAAGUGUCAAACAAUUUACGACUGCGGAUUACGAGGAAAUCCGAUGAACAAAGUAGACAAGUGACAAUAAUAUUUUUGUGACAUUUUCCUCCUAAACUUUUAUUUUGAUCUUUGAAGUGUCCAAUGAAAUUAUAUUUGUUUAAGUACCUUCAAUUGUUUUAAUUACGAAACUUGACGAUAAUAGUGUACAAAAAUAUGGAAACCCAAAGCAUGUAUCCUGAUCCUGACACGAUCACUAUUGACACACUCGUAUUGGAGGAAAUGGUAAAGCAAGAAUGGACCAAAGAAAUAACGGAAUUGCAAUCUUUGAGUAAAAAAUCUUAUAAUCUUCAUGCUGAUUUGUUAUACUAUCGUCACGCCACUUCUGCAAUGGGUUCUUCAUGCUAUGAGCUAUGGAAGAGGAUACUAACUCAAGUUGGUGGUAGUCCCAACACAUGGCAAGAACUUGGCCUUCAUUUAGGGAUUGAAACUAAUAAAUUGAAUUAUAUAAUGUACUCAGUUCAGGAGGAUCACGUUGACAUGGUGUUAAAAGUAUUUAGACAGAAUGAAAACGCAACAAUUGAUAAAAUCAUAGAUGCCUUCAUUAAGAUGAAGCGGUAUGAUAUUUUAAAAUCAUUGGAAGAACCUCUUUGCAAAAUAGCUCAAUUCUUCAAUAAGGAUGAUAGUGGUUAUCAAAGCAAAAGUUCUGGGCAGAGAGAAGUGGUUAGACCAAAAAAUAUUCCCAAUAAUUUACCAGCAGCGCUCAGCAACAAGGUGGUCUCUCAAGAUAAGGAACCAAAGAAACCAAAACAACCAGCUUUGAAGAUACCUUCCACAGCAAAUGAGCCUAUAGUUAAUGAUAGCCCAAUACUUUUCUUGACUUACACUCAAGAUGGUUUCCCAACAGCAGUGAAUAUACAAGAAUAUGUCGAAAACUGGAUUGAAGUACCGAAUGUUCAAGUCAUUACUUUGAACAAUAAGAGGGAAGAACUGUACCAAAAUCCAGAGAAAUUUAUUCGAGAAUAUUUUGAAAAAGCUGAUAUCAUCAUUCCCAUCAUAACUCCUGGCUACUUGGAUGAAAUCCAGUCCCAUAAUCCAACCGUUCCGAAUACCUCUGAUAACUUAGACCAUAAAUAUGUUAAUUUUAUUUAUAACCUUAUUGUAAACAACUACAUUCAUGCCUCGGGCUGCCUCAACAAGAAAGUAAGGAGUGUGUUGCCGCAAAAUGCCAAUGUUGAUCUAUUUAGACGUAUUACAAUGUAUCCAGACUUGAUGCCAUGGACAUAUGAGACUAAUUUUGAUACACAAUUUCAAGCUUUCUUAAAAUAUCAACAACAAUAAGUGUUUCAAUGGUGCCUUGAUGUAUUUUUAUACUUGCUAUUUAUACAUAAAUAAAUUAUUAUAAAUUAUAUAAAUAAUGGUUAUAGUAUGUUUUAGUUAUAAUUGUACCUGAAAACACAAAUAUGAAAUCAAAUAAAGGUUUACAUUUUUUACAAAUUAAAGUUUAAUAAUCGUUUUCUGCUUACAGUACAAACAAAUAGAAAAAUACACAUUACAGGAAAUGCAAUUCUUAAUGCUAAGUGAACUUUCAAACUCAAAUAAUUAAAAUUGUAGCAAAAAAAUCAAAGUUAUAAAAUAAAACAAGAAUGGUUACUCAACUAACACGUGUUAGUGUUCACUGCCCAAACAUAACCGGAAUAAAUUAAUUAAGCAAUGCAUUUAAUGCCACCUUAUAUUAGUAUUAUUACAUAGUUGCAUAAAUUAUAAGGGCAGGUUUGUUUAAGUCCAGUUUCACACAAAAAAUACUAUGUAAAUAACAAACAUUAUGAUUAAAUUGCACACUAUGCAAAUAUCAACCAACAUUAUGAUUAAUAAAA